AAGAUAACGAAACCACACGAGUGAAACAAAAAUGACAAAACAAUUAUUCAUAAUUUAAACCCCUCGUGAUGUACUUUAUCAUAUAAUAAAACUUGCCCAUCUAUAAUGUCAAAAUCUUUAGAUUUAAUAUAUUUAUGGACCUUAGAUCAAUCAUCUAUAAAUACACAUGUCCCUCACCAUUGUGCUUCUCAUCACAAAACCAUCUAUAUCUCUCUAUUCAUCAGUUUUAUUUGACCUCUCCUUUUAUAUUCUCAAAAUGAAGAACAAGUUCAUAAAAGCCUGUGAAAACAAAUUCAAAACCAUGAAGAGCAAAUCCAUAGUCAUACAAUGUUGUACUUCAUUUUCCUGUGAGAGUUGCUACGAGAAGGUUUCUUGGGGUUUCAAGAAAGAAAAUGAAGCCAUACCCAAAGAUGUCCCAAAAGGACAUUUGGUAGUGUAUGUAGGCGAUGAUUACAAGAGGUUUGUGAUAAAGAUGAGUUUGCUUAAACAUCCGAUCUUCAAGGCAUUGCUUGAUCUAGCUCAAGAUGCUUAUGACUUCAGUUCUGAUUCAUCUAGACUAUGGAUUCCAUGUGAUGAGAACACUUUCCUCGACGUGGUUCGUUGCAGUGGCGCUCCUCAGCAACAAAGGAACUGCAUUUACAUGUGCAUGUAAGAGUGAGGAUACUCAAUUUAUUUUGUAUUAUCAUCUGUGGAUCUAUGUUUCUAGAGAGAAUUUUUCAAUAUUGGUUUAGAUCGUAUAUAAAGUAUAAACUAAUUAUGUACA